UGACAGUUCUGCUUUUUUCUUUCUCUUCAAUACUGUUUACAUUUCGUGCAGAAACGAAUUUUUGGUUCCACAUCGUAAUUGUACAUUGGAGUUAAACACAACGGAAAUUGCAAAGUAAACCAACGCAAUUCAUAUUUCAAAGCGAAUGCAGCCGCUUGAAAAUGGAUGCUAAACAAAUUCUCAGACGCCCAAACCUGCGUGGUCUUGUGAAAUGUAAAGCCUGUAGCCAUUACAAUGGAAUUCGGGCGACGGCGUGCAAAAAUAAGAGUUGCAGACUGUCAAAGGUGGUGUCAAAACCCAAGCUGAAGCCAAAAAUCAAUUCCAUCCAAUUGGUUACCAAAGAUGAAUCACAACUAUUUAGCGUACAAAUUCGAGACCGUGAUGUUGAUUAUAGAAAUUUUGUAUCGGUCACAGACAAAGUUAUUUCGUCGGAUGCAAGCGCUUCGAUCAUCAGCCGAAAUGCUAUUUGCUAUGUCGAUACCUGUAAAUAUGACUCAAAUGAUGUCAACAUCAGUUGCAAACAUGUGAAGAGCUCAUUGGAAUCAUGCACAACCAAAGCCAAAGUCCAAAAUAUUGAAGAAGACAUUUUGAAAAGACUUCAAAUGACCGACGAACAAAGGAGGAAACUUUUGAGUUGGCACAGAGAGUCAAUGAGUGAGUCUUCGGCCACGCCAUUGGUGCAAAGAAUCAAUGAGAGAGUCUUCGUAGUUUGUUGCGAUGUUAGUUUAAAUUUUCCAAUUGGUCUAUUGCAUGCCGUGUGCACUGCUGAACAGAAAGGAGUUCGUGGUAUAAUAUCUUCCAGUUUUUGUUGUGCGUGUCAAAAAGCGAAAGUUUUGAUAGCAACGAAUCAAAGCACUCUGAUGGGACAAGAUAUUUGUGAACACAUUUUGCUGAUUCUGGCGGCAAUCAUGAGCGAUCUCAAUCUCCAGAAGGAAUUCGAAAGUCUGGCGAAUAUAAUUAAAACCUUUGUUAGCACUACGAUAGAUGAAUGCCAAUGGCUCAAAGAUGAAGUCUCUUCCGUGCCUAUAGCCACCGCUUACAAUGACCUGGGUAGUACAACAAUAGCUGCAACAUUAGUCGAAAGUUUAGAUAACAUUGAACUGAUUCAAAUACCGAAUGCUCUGACUGAAGGAGAAGCGUUGAAUAGUUCGUUUUUCAACCUGGACCAGUGUAGCGGAGAAUCAGUUGAUAUGGAAAAUCUGCCAAUUUCAGUUGAAAGUGAGAAUGUUCCAAUGAAUGAUAAAUUGAAUAACGGGGAAUAUUCCGAUGGACUUGAGCUAGUUAAUUACCGGGUACAGCUUACAGACCAGUUCAAUGUGGCCAAUAAGGUUGAAUUCGGUGACGAGCAACUAAAUGCAGCCGAAACACAAAAUAACCUUAGUAUUGACGGCAUCUAUGGCCUAGACGAUUCGGGUAGUACAAAUGACGUUGUUCUUUCUUAUUUAUGCUCGGAUGGUAUGUUGUUCGAAGAUUUACCUAUGGAAGUAAUGAAUGAAAAUCUCAUAUCGAACAAAGAUCAUUCAAUGGAAUCGGACGAUGACAUCUAUACGGAACACGAAAAAAUGUGUCGAAGCCUAGAUAGUACACAACUCGAAUCCUAUCACAAUUGGUUGGGUUCGGUCAUCGAAGCAACGAAUUUAAUACUAGAUUUCAAUAGCGAUGGAUAUCCUGAACCACUCAAAUUUAGCGUGCCUCAUUUGUAUUUUGACAUUUUACGCACCAAAUUCUCGGCGGGAACAAAAAAGAAGCGUCUACCAAAUCUAACAACGGUUGUCACCGAUGGCAGAUACAAGAAUCAGACCAUGUCCACUUGGAUUUUCUCGAACAUUAAACUCAUUAAAUAUAUUUUUUGCACAAAAACGAUGGAACUGGAGGUGGUACGAUCAUUUCGGAAGACAUCACAAAACACAUUCGAGUAUAUACCGGCCAGUGAAUUGAUCAACUCAGAGGAUGAAGUAUUCGAUAAUAAUCGAAAAAUUCGGCCGACAGUUUAUAAGACUUUUCUUAAGAUGAAAAGUGUGGACAAAAAUGCCAAGUUCCAGUGUAAAUCCAGCAAACAAGGAUUAUUCAUAAUCGAAUGGAUCCCGAAUGCACUGCCAAUCAGCAAAUAUGGUGAAAUGAGGAUUAAACUACAGUAUGGCCACAUGAAAAACGAUACCGUUCUUCAAUGAUUUUAUUUAAAAGACAGUAAAUUUAAAAAGUAAGGGUUUUAGGAAAUGUAUUUAUCAACGUAAUUGUUUAUUGAAUCAAUAAGCUAGAGUUUGAGUUAUGUUCAUUGUAAUUAUGAUUUUUAUUGGUCAUGGCAAAUAAAUUGUUAUUUUAUGCACCGAA